AUGGCGUUCAAGCACCUUCUAGCUGCUGCCGCAGCAGCUACAGCCUCUGUCAUCGAACUACCAGUUCGUAUUGAGGACAGCUACGCCUCCGUAGAACUCUCGGCCGGCAUGCCUCCCGAGCCUUACCGCCUGCUCUUCGACACCGGCUCCUCAACCACCUGGUUUACUUCUGCCGCCUGCACAGAAUCCUCCUGUCCCAACCCUCGCCCCUACAACCGCACUAUCUACUCCGCCAACGCCUCCUCCACCUCCCGAGAUCUCCACUCUUUCUCCCGUAUCCCCUACAUCGACGGUGAUGGCAUCGCCGGCGCCGCAACCCUCGACGUCUUCUCCACCAGGGAUGGUAGUUUCGAGUGGAACCAGACCUUCCUGUCCACGAACGAGAGUAGCUGGCGUUGGAUCACGGCUGAUGGCUUUUUGGGGCUGGGGUUCAGUAGCAUUGCAGAGACUAACACGUCUUCGCUUGUCGAGACCCUGCUUUGGAAUGGGCAAUUAGAUGAGCCGCGUUUCGGCUUGUUCUACGGCACCAACCUCAAGGACUCUGGAAGCCAAAACGGCGUCCUGACUAUCGGCGGCAGCGAGGAAGAGAAAUACGUCGACGGCGACGUCGUAUACGCGCCAUUGAGGAAAGAGGAUCCAUACCAGCUCUGGCGCGCACCCCUGCGCUCCGUCAACGUCCUGGUCGCAGGCCAGCAGAACAGCACCAUCACGAUGAAGACCGGCUCGCUGCCCGACACGACUGACGCUGAAGGCAUCUGGUCACACGCCAACGUCACAUGGAGCAUGUACGGCUCCGGCGCCGCCGUCUUCGACACCGGCGCAGGCCGCGUUUCCGUCCCGGACGAGAUCAUCGACGCCGUGUACUUCAAUCUCGGAUGGAACGUGACCAAGCUUAUGAACGGCGAGGAGCGCAUGGAUUGUCAGCAUCUCAAUGCCUCGUGGGCUAUUUCAUUCACGCUGGGUGAGGGUGCUGAGGAAGAUGAUGUGAGUUUCAGUAUCAGGGGUGAUGAAUUUACGAAGCCGGGAGCGCAGUGCAUGCCCCCUAUCGACAACAGCGGACAAAACGGGUUCGCUUUGAUCGGAGCGGUGUUCUUGCAGAGAUAUUACACUGUGUUUGACUUUGGCGCGAGCAAAGUGGAAGAGUACGCACCGAAGAUUGGGUUUGGGCGGCUGAAGAGGGAGUGGGAUUAUUUGUACCAGUGA